AUGCAAGACUGCGGGAAUCGAGGUGAUGCUGAACAGCUGGCACUGCAACUCAAGGGGCUGCUGCGUGACAAAACCAUGACGCAUAACCAGUUAGCGUCCUGCUACAGCAUCAGUCAAGGCCGCAGCCUCGCCCAGAAGUUGAGGGAUAUCAGUCGAGACGACCAGAUGUCGCUGCUGGCCUUUGUGCAUGAGUUUCCAGAGCACUUCGAAAUCGUCGGCAGAAACCAGCUCAAGGCCAAACUUGCACGGCCCGAGUCGAAGGCGUCCGAGCCGCCCGCCUCAGCGCAAGAGCCAGGCGUCGCUCAGCCGGAGCCGCCGGAGCCGAUGCGCUACUCGGAGCUCUCGCGGAGCCUCCGAAGUCUCCUCAGAGGUUCUGGGCACGGGCCCUUGUCUUUGGACGAGCUUGACGCCCUCUUCGGCGAAAGGUACAAAACGUCGGUCUCUGCCGUGGCUGGAAUGUCAGUGGCGGAGUAUUUGCAGAGGAAGGACAGCCUGUUUGAGUAUGACCCCGUGCAGCAGACCGUAAAGCUGUUGGACAGGGGUGCUCCGGUUGCAGCUGGUGAGGUGGAUGAGAGUUUCGUUGUGAGGGAGUUCAUGCAACUCAUAGAGUCCUUGGGCCCUGUCACCUACAUUUCCACCCUCUGCGGCAAGUUCAUUCAGAGGAAUGGGAUCUCGGUGACUAGUGUGAUCUCCAGUCGACCUCUGGAAUUCUUCAAGCGGCACCCAGACUCCUUCCUUGUGUUGGGAGCUGGCAACGUCACGCUGAAGAAGUACGAGAGCUUGCCAGAAGUCCAACGACUGAUGGAGACAGCCGUUCCAAAGGCUCGUCGCAACGCGAAACCUGGGGACGUCGAGGAGGCCACCUUUGAGGUUCCCGACAGAAUCACAGAAGAACAUGUCGUGGAGGAGUUUCGACGCUUAAUCCUUGCAGACGGUGUGGACUCCGUGUACAUUUCAUCACUUUGCGGGCGCUUCUUGCAGCGCUUCAAAAAGCCGGUGACUGCCAUCAUCGACGGCAAGCCUGCAGAGUUUUUGCGCAGGCAUCCUGAGAUCUUUGUCAUGACCGGUGGCGGAAACGUGGGUCUGCGUGAGGUUUUGGGGGCAGAUGCCGUCUCGGUGCUGCCUCCACCGACGCGUGCAAAGCCUGUCCAGGAUGAUGCAACAGCAGCACUUCCAUCAGACUCGAACGACAAGGACUUUCCUGACACAGACCGCAUCUUCGAUGAAGAAGUUCAGAAGGAUGUAAAAGAGCUGCUGGAGGUGCUUCGUUGUCAGCUUGAGAAGGUGUCCUUCCUGGCGGUUGAUUGCGCUGUUCUUGGAGGCCCUGCAGGCCAGGGUCUGCACUGCCGUCACGGUGCCGAGAUCGUCCUCUUCGUGAGGCAGCUGCCGUUCAAAAACUGCUCGCAGUGGCUGCCGCAUCUUGUGGAGACGCUGAUGCCGGUUUUGCAAUUUCAGCUGGCUCAGCUUGCUACCCUCAAAAUUGAUUGUGUCAAGGCAGACCGAGAUCGUGUACAUUUCGAUCUUCUGGCAGAGGGGCUCUCCAUUCCUAUCGAGGUCUUGCUGUCGCCUGUUUUCAAGAGCCGUGCUCACCUGAUGGAGUGUAUUCGGGAUUCACCUCCAGAUGAGCGCCUCUACUUCUAUGCCGCUUUCGUGCGAGAAAGGAACGAGCUGAUGACCGGACAAAGUGCCGAUGCGAAGGCCGUUGUGAAUUUGAUGCUGUGGUGGGUUUCGGUGCAGCCAUGGUCAAUCGCGUCGGCGCGCCCGGAAAGGUGGCUCGUGCAGCUCCUGACUCUGCGCAGCUGCCGGAAGAUUCGGAGCGAUCGCAGCAGACUUGUGGCGGCCGUCCUGCGGAGCUUUGCGGAUCUGGCGUCACUGAAGGAGACCUGGGAAGACACAGACACAUCUCUGUGUCUCUACGUCUCCCAGGAUGUGUGGAAACCUUUGCUUGGACAGAGGCCUCUGCUCAUGGAUCCAGUAAAUCCGUUCUGCAAUCUCCUCGAUGGUUUCGAUGCUAGCGAGCUGAUGAAGUAUGCUCAGCCGCCGGUGUGUUGGAGUGGGUUCAGCGGCCAUGCAGCAGGCCGGCCAGGCGGAUCGGGCUGUACAUCGUCGCAGGAAUAG